AAAACUCACGAAAAAUAAUUAAAACUCACGAAAAAAAAUAAAACUCACGAAAAAAAUUAAAACUCACGAUAAAAAAUUAAAACUCACGAAAAAAAAAGACACGCAAAAUUGAAAACUAGUCCUCACGACGCGAAAAGUAUACCGCACGAAAUAAAAUCGCAGUAGUUUUUUUCAAAUGUCCCUUCCCGGGCUCCGUAUUCAGCUGACGUGUCGUGUGAUUAGACAACAGACAAAAAUUUGAUUGAAAUCACGUGCUCAAUCAACGCGCUCAACUCAACAGUCACACAUUCAGUCUCUAAAACAGCUCCAUGUUUUUCCAAGUCUUCACUCUUAUGCUCUUAAUAUUGUCGUUUUCAAUACCAUGGACAACGAUAGUCCAGGACCAGCACUUUUUACCAGUACACCGAUAAAAAGCAGAUCGAUUGGCUUGCAUAAAGAAACAAGUUCGCCGCCCUUCAAAAGGCAACGAAUGACGACUGUUAGCUAUGGACGUGGCGAGUUCUCUACUCCCUCAGAUGACUGCAUAAUCUUCGAUGAUUCAUUCAGUUACUGCUCAAGUCCCGAAAAUGUCAGCUCUAAUGCCAGUGACAUAAGCAACCACGAAUUUGCUGAAGAACAAAUCCAUGCUGCACAAAUUAAUAGUGGACGUGGUAAAGGAGCAAAUGAAAGACAACAGUACUUGGGGAGACGGGAUCGAUGAGAAACUGAAGACUAUGGCUGAGAAGGAAGGAAAGAGGGUGUGCCCUGUGUGUGGGACAUCAAUGGACA